AUGACUACAAAGGGCUCCAGACCCUUGAACCCGGAGGAACGGAAACGAGGCGAGAUUGCUCUCAGCGAGUUCGCCGAGUAUGCCGAAAAGCAGCAAGCUCACCGUUCCGCGAUUGUUGCUCCAAGCGAUAGCGGCUAUUCUACUGGUACUGCCAGCGUGUCGCGCGACCUCGAAGACCAUGCCGAGCUGGAGAUCUUGGACCAGCUCGGCUUGACCGAUACCCCGCGCGCCAUCAAGCUCAAGGAACUCCUACUUGGGACCGGAGACGCCACCGAAGACAGUAUACAAGAUUUGGCUAGUACGAUACAGACUCGCGUUGAUGUGGGCCAGGGAGAGACUCUCUUCGACCUCGGCCUUGAAGACGGCGGUGAUUCAAUGGGCUUCGACCUCCCUCAGUGGGAGAUUGCACUCCAACGCCUACGCGAGGCGGCGGAAACCAUCCCCGCACACUGUAGGAUACUUCUUACCUACAAUGUUGGCGGCCCCGAGGAAUCUCCAGUGAUGAAUGAACGUGUCAAGGGGGCUUGGGGAAAAGUCCUCAUCCGCCAGGAUUUUCCUAAUAUCGAGGAGAUGGCAGAAAUCCGCAUCGCUGUGGUCGGCAAUGUUGACGCCGGUAAGAGUACUAUGCUUGGUGUACUUGUAAAAGGCAGUCUCGAUGACGGUCGAGGUCGUGCUCGAGUCAACCUUUUCCGCCACAAGCAUGAAAUUGAAAGCGGCCGGACCAGCUCCGUGGGAUUGGAGAUUAUGGGGUUCGACAGUCGGGGUGAAAUUGUCAGUAACUCGCAAGGUCGAAAGCUCUCCUGGGAAGAAAUUGGAAAACGCUCGGCCAAGGUGAUUUCUUUCUCCGACUUGGCUGGCCAUGAGAGAUACCUUCGCACUACCGUCUUCGGCAUGCUGAGCAGCAGCCCCAAUUACUGUCUAUUAAUGGUUGCUGCCAACAAUGGCCUGAUUGGAAUGAGUCGUGAACACCUGGGCAUUGCGCUGGCUCUCAAUGUCCCCGUUAUGGUGAUCGUCACGAAAAUUGACAUUUGCCCGCCACAGAUUCUCCAGGAGACCCUGUCUCAGCUCGCGAAGAUUCUCAAGUCGCCUGGUGCGCGGAAGAUCCCGAUCUUUGUUAAGGACAUGGAAGAGACCAUCAAUACCGCACAUCAAUUCGUCAGUCAGCGUAUCGAAUGUUACUGGCAUGAAUCUGGACCUGGUCCGAACGUUCCUGAACAUUCUCCCCAUCGGGGAAAUUACAACUCGGAUGGUCCAUUUGAAUUCCUCAUUAAUGAUACUUUCUCCGUGCCGCACGUGGGAACAGUCGUCUCUGGGGUCGUCAAAUCCGGGGUGAUCCAUGCGGGUGACCAGGUGGUGGUUGGUCCCGACUCGCUGGGUCAGUUCACCACCACUACGAUUAAGACUAUUGAGCGCAAGCGAAUACAGGUGAACGCUUGCUUUGCUGGGCAGUCUGGAUCCUUCGCGCUUAAGCGUGUGCGUCGAAAGGAAGUGCGUAAAGGAAUGGUUGUGCUGAAGAAGUCGGAGGAUCCUCCCAAGGUUUACCGUGAAUUUACUGCAGAAGUGCUAAUUUUGUCACACGCCACCACCAUCAAACCCAAGUACCAAGCCAUGCUGCAUGUUGGAGCGGUCAGCCAAACCUGCUCAGUGAUUGACAUUGACCGCCCCUUCAUUCGAACCGGAGACCGGGCCCUUGUUGCAUUUCGUUUCAUGCAGCGCCCUGAGUUUCUUGCGCCGGGCGACCGAGUGUUAUUCCGUGAAGGGAAAACCAAAGGACUUGGCAUUGUGAAGGGCAUUGGGUAUGAUCCGGAACACCCCCUCAGCCCAAGGAAUGGGGAAGAUAAGAGCACCGCCACGCAACCGGAGCCAAUAAGGGAGAGUGAAUUAACUAAAUAA